GUUACAUUGUAAAGUUUUCUUCUUAGGUUGUAUUUCGAAACAACGAAUUAAUAGAAUAUUAACGUUCGAAAUAACGAACAAGCGUGAAAUCUCUUUCGAUCUCUUAAAUUUCUCGACUGAACACGUGCCAAGAGAACCAACGAUCUAACAGUCAAUAUGUACUUAAACAUCAUUUAUGGAAGAAGAACUCGGUGGAAAUGACCGAGGGAAGAACAGUUGACGCGAUAUUCGAGGUUGCGUGGCUGCCUGCCAAAGGAACUUGAAACGACAGGGAACUUUUGGAAUGACAGUCCCGCGUUUUCGGCGCAAGGAGAGAAAGAGAGACAGCGAGCGAAGAAGUUUCGAGUGUCCGAGCGGAGGAAGAACAGUCGCGGAGAAGGUCGAGCGAAGAACUGUCAAGCAGUCAACUUAUGGAAAAGCCCGCCGCGUUAAAGCUCCAGCCGGAGAAUUCAUCGGUGAAGGAUAUCCUUGUGGACACUGGACGACGUUCUUCUCCGUUCGUCCCGUCGGCCCUCUCUCUCCCUUUCUCUCUCCUGUCCCCGGCCAGUCAACGAGGAAAGAAAGGCUCACCGGAGCACGUACCGAGAUUCUAUAACAAGAAGCUCGAGGCGAUGCCACGAUACAGAGCAACGAAGACGGGGUGAACGGCGUGCGACCGCGUCGAGCAGGAACUUUAUCAAGCUGGCGAAGCCGGAGUUUGACAAAGGUGACGGAAACCUGUCGGGAACAUCGGUGGCGUGAUUCGACGCGCUUACGAGAAGUUCCGGGCCGAGCACGGGAUCUCCGUAUGGCGGGCUGCGUUCGUCGAGACGCUAUUUCAAACGGUAAACAGUCACACUUUAUUUCGAAUCGUGCGUACAGGUUCGUUAACGGGAAAUACGAUUUACCGUCGCUGGCUGAUGAUACACCGUCGAGGAACAUUAUUUAAUUUCCUCCGUGAAACGUAGCCUCGCGCGAGCCGCGCGGCACGUAAUAUUCGAAACAGUAUUUAAAAUAUUUUUUCCCUAAAUUUAAUACGGCUGCGAUCGCGGGCAGCCCGGUGGGGAUCGGGGUGACGCGAGGGGUACGCAUGCGCAGAAUCAAGGCGGCGUCGCGCACGCGCGUUGCCGCGGCGAGUGUGGCGAGGCGCGAGGGCGGUGUCGGUGGUGGAAGCAGGGAAACGUUUUCUACCCUUUGCGAAGUGGUCGCUGGUCGUUGUCAUCGUACGGUCGUCUGUCGUUUCGUUUGCUGGCAGGCCCCGCGUCGAACAGUGAGUGUCGUUUGUAUACCGCAGCCCCCGUGCUCGAGUCGAUAGAACGCCGCGGUCGUACGGACCCGUGUGUCCUAGCCUCUAUCGUCGUGCACCGUUCUCACCGAUCGCGUAUGAUACCACGACGUGUCGACCUGUCGAGUGGUAGCCUCGAUCACGGUGGAAUCGAAGGUUAUAACCUGUCAUCGUCGCCAUCGUCAUCGGCGCCGUCGACGUCGUCGUCGCCUGUCCCGAUCAGCUGCCUCGCGGGUGACCGUCCAAUAGCAGCGUUUCCAGCGUCAACACGGCCUACGUGCUGGAACCGUGAAGGGUCCGGGGCGCACGAGGGCGAGAAGAAAUGAGUUGGACGUGACACAAUGACAUGAUGAAGAGCCUGGUGGGGAUCAUGUGGAUAGUGUUGGUGCUCAUAUCAGGAUGCUCAGGAAAUCCAGACGCCAAGCGACUGUACGACGACCUCCUGUCGAAUUACAACAAGCUGGUUCGUCCAGUGGUCAACGUCACAGACGCCCUCACCGUUAAAAUCAAGCUCAAACUCUCCCAGUUGAUCGAUGUAAACCUGAAGAAUCAAAUCAUGACGACUAACCUGUGGGUCGAGCAGUCAUGGUACGAUUACAAGUUGAAAUGGGAUCCCAAGGAAUAUGGCGGCGUGGAGAUGCUGCACGUGCCAUCCGACCAUAUAUGGAGGCCCGAUAUAGUUUUGUACAACAAUGCCGACGGUAAUUUCGAGGUGACGCUGGCCACGAAAGCGACGCUAAAUUACACAGGCAGGGUCGAAUGGAAGCCACCGGCGAUAUACAAGUCUUCCUGCGAGAUCGACGUCGAAUAUUUUCCGUUCGACGAGCAAACGUGCGUCAUGAAGUUCGGCUCGUGGACUUACGAUGGCUUCCAGGUCGACCUCAGGCACAUCGAUGAAAUCCGCGGCAGCAACGUGGUCGACAUCGGCGUCGAUCUGUCAGAGUUUUACACUUCCGUCGAGUGGGACAUCCUCGAAGUCCCGGCCGUGAGAAAUGAAAAAUUUUACACGUGCUGCGACGAGCCUUACCUCGACAUCACGUUCAACAUCACCAUGAGACGGAAGACUCUAUUUUACACCGUCAACCUUAUAAUACCGUGCAUGGGUAUCUCGUUUCUCACGGUGUUGGUCUUCUACCUGCCAAGCGACAGUGGCGAGAAGGUCAGCCUAUCAAUUUCGAUUUUACUGUCGCUGACUGUGUUCUUCCUCCUGCUGGCCGAAAUCAUCCCGCCCACAUCGCUCGUGGUACCGCUUCUCGGUAAAUUCGUCCUUUUCACCAUGAUCCUAGACACCUUCAGUAUAUGCGUAACCGUGGUAGUCCUCAAUGUUCACUUCCGGUCGCCACAGACGCAUGUGAUGGCGCCGUGGGUCCGUCGUGUUUUUAUCCAUGUUCUGCCAAGACUACUGGUGAUGCGCAGGUAUAAUACGUCUUCGAAGAGAUCCGAUUACGAUUCCAGGCCGCAGUACCAGAUAGAUAAACGUAGUAUGGCCGGCCAUCACGGGCAACGCGUGAUGGUCAGGACGUGCAACGGUCUCGAAUUACGGGACCCAUCUUUAUUCGUGGAAACAUCGGCGUCGGAGCUGGUUGAAUCCUCCGUUUUAUUCCCGAGUCUCGAUUCGCGGGACGAAUUACACCCUCGGGAAUUGGAAGCGGUGAAUUUGGGAAGCGCGUGCCGCAUUCACGGGUCGCCAGCAGCCACGGCCGCACCUCCACCUCAACUCCCGACCGAGGAGAGCGUGGACGCUCUCUGUAACACGCUUCAUCAUUGGCAUCACUGCCCAGAACUGUACAGGGCCAUCGAAGGCAUUCGUUUCAUUGCCGACCAUACGAAGAGAGAAGAGGACUCGACUAGAGUCAAAGAAGAUUGGAAGUAUGUCGCGAUGGUACUCGACAGGCUAUUCCUGUGGAUUUUUACACUAGCCGUGGUCGUCGGCACGGCGGGUAUCAUUCUCCAGGCGCCAACGUUGUACGACGAUCGCAUACCCAUUGACGUGCGACUAUCCGAGAUCGCCUCCACCACUGCCAAGCCACACAUCGUCACGAGCCUCUGAGGGACAAUUGUUAAUUUCUUUCGUUACAUCCACGUACAACGCAUGCUCACGUACACACAGUACAUACACAUACAUAUAUAAAUAUAUACAUUAAUACAUGUACGCAAAGGCGCAAAGGAACAAAUAUAAGACGCGUUCACGUUGACCAGGGACUUUUGCGAAGAAUUAACCCAGACGCGUUGUUUCCGAUCGUUCUCACGCGGUUGUACUGUACCGAGUGGAGCCUAAAUCCUGCCGUUUGAGUUUCCUCGCGAUCGAGUCGUCCGAGAACAAAUCUGGAGUAAUCUGGAUUAGGACGAACGAUUCGUUACGAGUAAUUAUAUCGUGUAGCUUUAUUACUCUUUAUUUUAAUAACACGUUCUGUUAUUUCAAUGAGUUCAAAGUAUCGAACACGUAAGAAUCUGUAUCAAACGUAUGAGUGCGAGUUAAAUUGCGUCAGUAGACUGCGGAUGUUCUUGUGAAUGUAUCGUACACCUAAAUUGCAAAGAUCUGUGACAUAAUUUAUCACUGGAAUUAAUUGCUAUUGCUUCUUUAUUUUAUCGCAUUCUAUCGUCAAGACCCGCAGUCCAGUGUUCGGGCGUUAAUUUCCGUUUGUCGUUUGAACAUUCGUUUAGGCUCUGUUCAUUGGUAUCGCGUGAUUCAACGGAAACGUGUGGACAUGUACUUAGAUUACUUUGCAAUAAGAGACGAAACGGAGGUUUCUCGUCCCUGGUGUUAAUGACUGAAAGACUGAAGCCUCGACGAGUCUUCGAUUUUUCGCGUGAAUUGAACGGUUAACGGCCGAUUAAUCGCGGCCUGCUUGCUCGGAUUGCAAGGAUUUUCAAUGCAUACGCACACGGACAACCAGAACCUGGAGAUGCGAAAUAAGGAACGGAGACUUAUUAUUCUCUGGGUGUUAAGAAAACAGGGUACUCUCACCUGUCAUGCGCAAUUUCAGAUAGAACAUUGUUUGUAUUACUUGACGAUCGCGGUUGGUUGACGUUAUUCAUUUUUAUAUCACCGCUUUUGCAUUCUAUGGAACCGAUUGUUAGCCUGUCACGACAUCCAGAGAAUUUCGCCGUGCAUCUCUGUACCGCACGAUGGAAAAUUGAAUAAACUAGACAGUGAAACAGAUAGUAUCUUUCGGAGAUUGAAGGUGAACGGGUUUCUUGAUCUAUGGUUUAACUGGUUCAGUUAAGAAAAUUUAUGUUGUUUCAAUCUCUCCAUAUUUUUAUAGAAUAGAGAAACGAAAUAGAAUGUUACUCUCGAUUUUAAUUAGCUUCCAUUGAUAUGGAUUUUGUUGUAUUUAAAAUUUUUCCAUAGUAAACAUCCAUUGUAUCCCCAUGGUUUUCGUGUGUACGGUGUUCGCCGUCGACAAGCUGUCGCCAGAACCCAUAGAACAAGAAACAUGCUCACGAAAACGCUGGAAGCGACACCGCGCUCUAGCUCCACGGUUUUAUUGUUAAUAAUCGCGGAUAAAAGAGAAAUUGUAAAGUUUAAAAACAAGGUAUUAAAAUUAUAGGGAACGAAAUCGGCGGCCGACGUACGCGCGCGUAACGUAGAAUUAAUAACGGAGCGAUUUAAAGAGAGUUCAAUUUUAUGCCAGUUACAUUGCCGGCGCAAUUGUGAUCCUUCGUACGAAGAGGACAAGGGAACGGUUGCCAUCGGGAGUCAUCGAGCAUUUUAGUCGGAAGACAACGUUCAAAGCAAAGUGAAAUCUAUAAUAUUAAUAUACUAACAUAGUAAUUAUCGAAGUACAGAGCGAGGAUGGGAACUAACGUGUUCGGUUCACCUUGAAGGGUCAAUGCAAACGGAGUAAGGGAAACGACAAAAAUGGGACCGAAAUGAUAUAUUUACGUAGCGUCUGAAAUGGUUUUGCGAGAACGAAUCAGUUCAUGGACGAGACGAAGAUCACAAUGAUCGAUGUGGAUGGCAUGAAAUUCAACGAAGCCUGUUGCAGACUCAGGAACAGACAGAAUGCGGAUCACCGUUUCCGAAAUUUACAUCGAGCCUGUAACAAUGGGGCCAUAUUUUCACAAAAUAAAAGAAACAAAAAAAGAUGGGGUGUGUUGGGGGUUGGGUAAUAGAGAAGAAUCGUGAGGGAAGCGAGUGCUGAGGGGAUGACGCGUUUGUCUCGUUGGGGUUAUGCAAUUCUAAAUGUCCACAGCCACGCGGAGGCGCGGAACACACGGGACAAAACGGGAUGGAACGGUUGUGGGCCUAAGAAAGUUUAACCGACUCAACUUUUAUUGCUCAUAUAUACGUAUAUGUUCGUAAUAAGGUAACUUUCGUAAUCGUAUUCGUUCCAGCACCACCGUGGACGUUCAUUAGAAACUUUACACACAGCGUGCACGACGGAAACGGGAGGAGUGCGAGCCGUGUAACGGGGAAAAGGAAAGAAACACGUAAUUGUUUAUUGUACGAUCGCGUUCGAAUAAUUUAUUGUCUUCCUGAGGUACGAAAUUACGAUUUAAUUUCGACGGGCAGAUGAAUCAUGUGUUUUCGAUUUGCCGCUGCCCUCGCCAAAGAAAUUAGCGGAAAAACGAUGAAAAGAACAAAAAAACACACACACACUCACACGUACAUACGUACACACACACGUAUACACAUACACGAUAAAUAAAUGAGAAAAAGAAGUAGAGUCUGAUUGGUAAGCUGCUAGUUAAGUAUAUGUGAGUAGCCACGAUACGUCUUAAAAAAAAGCGAAACAGCGUUCCGUCAUUCGAGAGGUUUCUCUUCUUCAUUGGUGUUUAUUGAUUUGACAAUUAAUAGAGCCUUUCGAUCCAUCUUCCAGGUUGAUACUUUAAUUGAUCGCAGCCGCGGACACCCUGGAUCCGUUCAGAGAUGCUACAGGUGUCCGCGGGGAGUAGAGAAUUGUCUUAAAUUUUUGUACACUAGGCCCUGAGAUGUCUGAUCAAUGAAUCACUCUGCGGUGUACAUCGUUUAGAGCCUUAAUGUUAUUAACGUUUGUAAUAAAGAGAUUUUACUUGAAACAGGCUAGCUGAGAACUAAUACAAGUUUCAUGUACAAGUGGACUGUGAAAGUAUUGAAAAAUAUAUAAAUAUAUAUAAAUAUAUAUAUAUAUACUUAGGUACUCGGUUGGAUAAGGUUGUGUAGGUCAGAACAAAAUUCACGAAAUCUUGCGUACAGUCACGGAGAGACUACUUUGAAAAUGAAAAAUAGACGAACCAAAUGUGUAAUGUUACGUUCGCAUAAAUCGUUGCAUGUUUUUGAAUACUUUCAUGGAUCAAUAUGGGUGACCUUGAACAUGAACAAACCACAAACUCAGAAAAAAGAGAAGAAGAAGACGAAGAAGAAUACAAAGGGUCGUUGCGGCCAUUGCACUGGUAUGAAUUUCACACGUGAGAGGUUUCCUUUUCUUUUCCUUUAUUUGCCGUUUGAGUGAACGUGAGACCCAUCGGCGUGAAUGUGCGAAAAGGUCGUAUGAAGGAAACGAGACGAAACAACCGGAGAACGGGAAGAGAGAGAGAGAGAAAGAGGGAAAGAAAGGAAAAAACUGAUUACACGUUAUUACGGAAGUAAACGCAGUGAUAGUUUCUCAAUGUAAGUUAAAACAAUUUAAACGAUAUACAUAUAUAAAUAUUAUAAAUAACCAUUACACACACGAUAAAACAAUAUGGCAAGAUAUUUUGUGAGUGGUGUCUAUAAGCUCGAUUACGAGAACCAUAAAUAAACGAGACAGUUGUCUGACGUUCACAAGAGAGAGAGAGAGAGAGAGAGAGAGAGAGAGAAAGAGAGUGAGAGAGAGAGGGAAUCCGUAAAAGGGUGGGGUUUUAUAAAUGGUGUUGAACAUUUUAACGGUCGUCAUUCACAUGAAAUGGCCUUAUUCAGCACUCAGAUUCACAACGCAUUUCAGGGAAAGAAGUGUUGCUGUAUUAAGAAACAAAGAAUCGUAGUAUAUAAUCAUCGCAGCGAAGUAACCGGGUUCUGUGUAGCGCACAAUCGAUCGACAUUAUGAUUAAAAACUUUUAUCAUCGAUCCGAUUCUGUACCAUCACUUUUUACACGACUUUUUUCCGUUAACACGAUCAAACCCAUGCGAAACAAUGUAACCGUUUCACGGACUAAAAACCUUCUCGGGACUGCGACAAGGAUCAUUUUUAGACACUAACGUUAAUUAUUUAAGCGUAAUGUCACUCUUUAUCGACAUACCUACCUUCAGCUUCGAAUGUUACAGGUAAAAGCGUUCAUUUUAUACAAGUUGUUUCAAGAUGGGUGUCGAAUGUAAUAAAUGUAAACAGGUGUCGCCGUAUAGAAUUUCCUUCGAGUACCGUAUUCAUUAUUGUCAGAUAUGUAUCUUGUUAUUAUUUUAUUAGACUUCUUGUAUUUCGAUAGUACAAAGGAACAUUCAAUGUCUAAAACUUAGAACAGUUAAAUCGGAGAUCUUUCACGAUUAAGAAACGAAAUGACAGAUAUAUUGGUUUCUAUUUGAUAUAGCGGUGUGUUAAGGUCACUUUCAAUAUCAUUUCGUACGACACUCAUCUUCAAAUGACCUGCCUGUAUUGUAUCAGAAAGGAAACAAUGAUAAUUGUAACUGUUUAAUUGCGGCAAAAGACGACAUGCGUUUAAACAUUCGCAAUAGGAUCUCUCCCUGCAUACAGACAUUGCCAUGAAAAUUAAGGUCGCUUCAGUAAUUUUAAUAUUAAUUGUUGUCUGAUCGAAAACUGUGUUAUACAUUUGUAUAAUGCAACAUGUUACACGAUAAGUUUCUAAACCGAUGUUUUAACGAUUUUUAGAAAUACGACGAUAUAUUAUCGAGGCGUGUACGCUGUCGGCGUAUUGAAUACAAUUUUAUUCGAACAACGUUCGUUUAUAAUAUUUUUCAUUAAACUGUAUAACAUCGUGGAACAAUUCAGCCUAAAUACAUGUACUAUAUUUUAUUGACACAGUCCAGAAUGAUCGGAAAUAAAACUUUAUAUAUCUAGGAACAGCGUGUUACUUGAAUCAUAUUUUUGUUGUUAUAUAUCAUAUAGUUGUUCAACCGUUUGCGAUCUACUCCUUUCAUUCAACCGGCGAUACCUUAUUUCAGAGAUCUUAUUAUAUCCAUUAUGACUCUUUGGUUAAUCAGUUGUACACCAUUAUCUUAUUAUCAAAAAUUCUAACAUGCCCAAAAAGUUCGCAUUAUAGUUAAAGCUUAUUUCAUAUCACAAAACCUUGGCUAAUUAA